UGACAGCAGGUAGGGAAAGGGAGGGAGGGCCGCCCUCUCACAACUACAUAAGCACCCAGAGAAACACUCAGCCCUAACUACAUCGCUCUCUCUCUCUCUCUGCCUGGAUCUGAGACACCGGGCUGAUUUCCCUCCGACACCCAGAUGUCAAAAUGGCCAGGCUCCCAGGAGACGUGUAUGAUGAAUCAGACUGUGUCUGUUCCUAUGGGAUGAAGAUAACUUGGGAUAUCAAUGAUCCCAAACUGCCUCAGGACUUGAAGCAGUUUGACAGCUUUCAGGAAUGGACAGAUGGUUAUGUGAGAUUUAUAUACAAUGCAGAGGACAAGAAUGCCCAGCGCCAUCUAAGUGGUUGGGCCAUGAGAAACACCAACAAUCACAACUGUCAGAUCUUGAAGAAGUCUUGCCUGGGAGUGGUGGUUUGCAGUCGCAAUUGCACAUUGCUAGAUGGAGGCAAAUUACUGCUCAGACCAGCCAUAUGUGACAAGGCCCGUCAGAAACAACAAAAGAAAAUGUGCAGUAACUGCAACUCUGCUCUGGAACUGAUCCCUUGCCGAGGCCACAGUGGUUAUCCUGUUACUAAUUUCUGGCGACUGGACGGGAAAGCCAUCUUCUUCCAGGCAAAGGGCGUCCAUGAUCAUCCCCGACCAGAGAGUAAAUCAGAGACAGAAGCCAGGAGAAGUGCUGUAAAACGGCAACUAUCUUCAUCUCAUCUGUCACAGAAAAAGAAACUUCUGGAUCCUGAGGUGGGAAGAUACAAUGACAGUGGUGGUCAUUUCCCAAACAUACACCCUGUAGCUUGCAUAGAUGGGACAGAACGGUUUGGUCUUGUGAAUGAUGGAAAUGUUCCUGUUCCAGCCCAACUUUAUCCUUCUUUUCAAAGUGCUGAACCUUAUAAACCCACAUAUGAAACUGUGGGAUACCAGGGAGAGCCUCUGUCUUCAUUUCAAAAAUGCACCAGUGCACGGAUAUAUCUGCCCAGAACACCAUGCUAUGAUUUUUCUGUCCCUGGAUAUAUGAAUUCAAGCUCAUACCCUACACUUUAUAAGGAGCCAUUAGGAAGUCUUUCUGAUAAUGAUCGAGUUCAGCUCAAUAGUCAUCAGCAAAACCUAAGUGUCUUGAACACACAUGAGAGGAACUAUGAUAGCCCUCCAAAGCUUCAUGGAUGGAAACAUAUCUUUGGUAAAUCUGCCUAUGCAGAUAGGAAUGAUUAUGGACAAAUCCAGACAAACACUGGUCAUUCCUAUCAAAAUGGAGAAUAUCCCUGUAGGUAUGCGAGAACUCCAUCUCCAGUUGCUCCAGCCUUACAAACUGUCAUAACCACCACAACUAAGGUAUCCUACCAGGCUUACAAGCCUCCAGCUGUGAAAUAUAAUGACAAUUCCUGUGAUGUCAAAACAUUACCAAACUUUGCCCAUAUGCAAGAUAGCAUCACAGAAGGUAACUUUCCAGAGAUUAAAGCUCAAGAUGACUUUGGCCUCAUUAAAUCCACACUUGGUUAUCAAGACCAGUUUCCUACAAAGUGUGAGAGAAUGGACAACCUUGACCUUUAUCGCUAUGGAUCAUGCAUGGGCAAUAGCUUUAUAGGACAACCUUACAGAUUUGAAAAUUCAGAAUACUAAGAAAAUAACUAUGUACCAAUGUAACUUGCUCUGAAGGUCACUACAUGCUUUUCAUCUAACAAACUGCACAUGGUUAAACAUUAAGAUAUUUUUAGAACACUGGUAAUUUAUGUACUAUAUAGAGUGUUGCAGUUUGACAUAUGUAAAAUAUGUUAUGAAGUAUUUAUGUAACAAGAUAUACCUCAAACACAUAAACAUAUUAGUAGAUCUUUAUUACUCAGUGUUGUUCCCACACAUUGUAUAGAGCAAAUUCUGUGAAAGGUGUAAAUGCUUGUAAACUGUAGCAAUUUCUAUUGUUUUGUAUAUAUAAUGUAUUAAUAAAAAUGUAAGCUGUAUGUAUUUUUUCUAUGUCUGUACUGUUUUCAAAAUUGUUUAUAAAGGUUCUAUUUUAUACGAG